AAGGAGAGUUUUAUGAACAGAUAUAUAUAAUUUAUUUAGUGCAAUACCAGAUAUCUGAAAUUUAAGCUUUCACAUAUGAGGAAUACUAGUCAUAGAGUAUCAAUUGAUUGCGAUCUCAGCUCAUCACCCAAUUCUCAGCAAGGUUCUUUAUCUUUCCCGGGUUCAUAAUUUCACUCUGUUGAUCUCUUGACAGAGAAGUUCAUAAAUCUAAGAAUGAUUCGCGUAAAACAUGCAUACCAUUAUCUUACCGCAAACAUGUAUCUCCUUCUUAUACUCCUUGUGGCAAUCUUUUACCUUCAUUGUUCUUUCGUCAACAAGAAAGAUUUGUGGACGUUAUAUGUAAUGCAACUAAACAAUAUUCUCAAACUCCAUCCGGUCGAAACAAUAUUGUUGUCAUGUUUUCUAGUUAUGUUUCAUUUCAAGCUACAUGCACGAAAUGUUUAUCUGGUAAAUUAUGCAUCUUACAAGCCGGACGCCUCCUUAAUGUGUAGCAAACAACAGUUCAUGCACCUCUCGAGAAGCUCCGGGGCUUUCAACGAAGAAAGCUUGGCUUUUCAGAAGAAAGUAUUGGAAAGGUCAGGAAUCGGUGAGAAGUCGUAUUUGCCCGAGGGGCUGCUGACAGUUCCAGCAAAGGAGGGUUUGAGUGAGGCGAGAAAAGAGGCAGAGAAUGUGAUGUUUGGAGCCGUAGAUGAGCUCUUUAGUAAGGUCAGGCUCAAGGUAAAUGACAUUGGAAUUUUGGUGUUGAAUUGCAGUAUCUUCAGCCCAACACCAUCUUUGUCUUCUGCUAUAGUAAAUCGUUACAAGCUAAGAAGCAACAUUUUGAGCUACAAUCUUGGUGGAAUGGGUUGCAGUGCAGGAAUGAUUUCUAUCGAUCUUGCCAAACGUCUUUUACAAGUGCAACCCAAUUGCUACGCCCUGGUAAUCAACGUCGAAUGUGGCAACGAAAACUGGUAUAGGGGCAAUGAUCGCUCAAUGUUGAUCUCAAACUGCAUCUUUCGCGUUGGUGGCGCUGCGAUUUUACUCUCCAAUCGAUCCAUUGAUCGUUUUUAUUCCAAGUACCAACUCAUUCACACUGUGCGUACUCAUAAAGGAGCAGAUGAUCUAGCUUACAACUCUGUAUCACAACAAGAAGACGACGACAAAAGCCUAGUUGGCAUCAAGCUCUCUAAAGAACUUGUUGCCGUUGCUGGAGAUGCGAUAAAAACCAACAUCACUGAACUUGGCCCAUUAGUCCUUCCAUUUUCAGAGCAAUUCUUGUUUUUGGCAACCAAACUUGCCAAGAAGAUCUUCAAGAUGAAAAUUGCGGUGUAUGUUCCAGAUUUUAAGCUAGCUAUCGAGCACUUUUGUAUCCAUGCAGGCGGACCAGCUGUGUUGGAUGCAAUGGAGAAAAACUUGCAGAUGACGGAAUGGCAUAUGGAGCCUUCAAGAAUGAGCCUUUACAGGUUUGGUAAUACUUCCAGCUGUUCUAUCUGGUAUGAGCUUGCAUAUGCUGAGGCUAAGGGCAGGAUCCGAAGAGGCGACAGGGUUUGGCAGAUUGCAUUUGGGUCAGGCUUCAAGUGUAGCAGUUCUGUGUGGCGUGCUCUGACAGAUGUUGAUCCGAUUGGGGAGGAAAAUCCUUGGAUGGAUGAGAUCAAUGACUUCCCAGUGAUCGUGCCUAAAGUCCAAGUUUUCGAGUGAUUUCACAUUUUCAAUUCCUCUGCUGAUUCGCCGUACUUCCUUUUAAUUCGUUUGUUAAUGCAAGAUUUGUAUUCAACGUUGUAAUAAAAGGUUUGGACUAUAAAUUUGAUAUCAGAAGUUUUAUUUACUAGACU